AUGGCGGCUACACCUCCAAACAAAACGGCGCGACUCAGCAUCAUCAUCAUAGGACUAUCAUGCGUCGUUCUUGUCGCAUGCGUUGUCGGCGUUGCUGUCGGAGUCUCCCAAACCCAAAACGGAAAAUCCAAACCCUCCGGCGUCCAGAACCUAUCCGCCACCCUCAAAGCCAUCUGCGACGCCACAUUGUACCCUGAUUCCUGUUACACCACCCUAGGACCCGCCGCCACGUCCGACAACCUAAGACCUCAAGACAUCUACAAGCUCUCCGUCCGUAUCGCCGUCGCCGAGCUCUCCAGAGCCUCCGACGCCUUCUUCAACGGCAAUUCGUUCAGAAAAAUCUCCGAUCCCAUGGCCGCAAGGGCUUUAGAGACCUGCCGCGAACUAUUGGCUCUUUCCAUGGAAAAUCUCAACGACUCUAUGGCCACGCCGGAAAAAAAACUGUUCCGGUCAUUCUCCGAUUUCAAAACUUGGCUUAGCUCCGCCGGGACUAAUAUAGAAACAUGCGCCGACACCUUCACUAACACAACGCACGAAUUAAGUACAAUGGUGUUGAAAAACCUCAAGAAUUCGAGCGAGUUUACGAGUAACAGCUUAGCCAUCUUGAGUGUGGUAGAAAAGUCGAUAGAAUAUUCCAUGGAAUCUGCAGCGGGAAUCUUGGGUUCGGUCGGGAAACGGCGGUUAAUGAAUCUUGACGUGCCGACGUGGCUGUCGGGCCAUGAUCGGAGAUUGCUUCAGAGUUCGAGUUGGGGUUUGAAGAUUGAUGCGGUGGUGGCGAAAGAUGGGUCGGGGAAAUAUAAGACGAUUAAGGAUGCCCUGAACGCGGUACCUGAUAAAAGCGACAAGAGGUUCGUCAUCUACGUGAAGAAAGGAGUGUACUUGGAAAAUGUUAAGGUUGAGAAGUCGAAGUGGAAUGUUAUGAUGAUCGGCGAUGGAAAGGAUGCCACUGUCGUUUCCGGCAACCUCAACUUCGUCGACGGCACUCCCACCUUCCAAACUGCAACAUUUGCUGUGUUUGGAAAAGGAUUCAUUGCACGGGACAUGGGAUUCCGGAACACCGCCGGCGCGGCGAAGCACCAGGCGGUGGCGCUGAUGUCGGCGGCGGACCUCUCCGUCUUCUUCCGCUGCAAAAUGGAUGCCUUCCAAGACACUCUAUACGCCCAUUCCAACCGCCAAUUCUACAGAGACUGCGACAUCUCCGGCACGGUGGACUUCAUAUUCGGCAACUCCGCCGCCGUCUUCCAGAACUGCAACAUCCUCCCCAGAAAGCCCCUCCCGGGGCAGCAAAACACCAUCACAGCCCAGGGCAAAACCGACCCGAACCAAAACACCGGAAUCUCCAUCCAUAACUGCACGGUUUCGGCCGCGGAGGAUCUCGCCGGAGUGGCCACGUUCUUGGGGCGGCCGUGGAAGAAUUAUUCGACGACGGUGGUGAUGCGGUCCGUUAUGGGGAGUUUGGUGGAUCCCAAAGGGUGGUUGCCGUGGGUCGGAGAUUCUGCGCCGGACACCAUUUUUUACGGCGAGUUCCAGAACUUUGGACCCGGUGCGGUGACCGGAGGGAGGGUUAAGUGGAAGGGGUUGAAGGUGAACAUUACUAGUCAAAUUGCAAGCAAGUUUUCAGUUAAGCAGUUUAUUCAAGGUGAUAAGUGGAUUCCGGCCACCGGAGCAAGAUUCAAACCAGAUAUUUGA